AUGGCCGACUCUCAGGCAAUAGGUACGGUGUCGAGUACAACAACUGCACAUGAGCAAAUAACUAAUACUAGUGGAGCAGAUCUAGAGAAAGAAACAGCGCAAGCUCAAACCGAAGACCAAAUCCUCGUACAAACAUGCGCCGCAAUGGUCAACAACCCUCAUGAAUCAGCCUCUCAAAUAAGUGGCUUUACAGCUAGUCCGAUAACACCACCUCUAGGCACGGGAGUCCCUGGCCAGAAUAAGUGUAUCGUCGAUUACAAUCACCAGCCGUACUCGAUGACUUGGUCGGGUUCGCCGCACGAGUACCCUGAUCUUGAGAGAUUCCCCCACCUUGAAAAUGUCGAGGUUUCCUUGAUAAACCAAAAUCCCACAAUAGCUGCAAUCUGGAGAGACUCGGAGUUACUGGACUAUGGCACCCACGCAUCUGUUCGAAUCGCCGAAAGCGACUUAUUUCCUAUCCUCAAAUUCGCCCACCACGACAAGCUGUCUAUACAUCUGAUCGCACAUGAAUUCGAUGUGCUUGCUGCUUUGAAGAAGAAAGGGCUGUCCGUUGUAGACUUCGAUCCGCAGCCCAUCAUGGAUAGCGGAACAUUUUGCGGCUACCGAAUGGAAAAGCUCUUCAGAGUUGAACUUGAUGAGUUUCGUUCAAGAAUUGACGAUAUCAAGUAUGAGCUUGAUCGGUUCCAUUCUGCAAGCUUCUCGCACGGGGACUUUAGUCCUAGCAAUGUCAUGAAAGACAAAAAUGGUCAUAUUGUUUUGACUGACGCGAGCUGUUGGGAAGUGCGGUGCCUUCAUUUUUCCCGCGCUGGCGCUGUUUAA